AAUUGUGGGUACUGAGUCCAGGGAAAUAUGGCUGCUUCCAUACAGAAGCUGUUGUCCUUCACAAACAUAAAGAAUCCCAAGCUUAUUUUGGCACCCUUGAAAGUGUCCUGCGUCCCUUCUUAUCGAUAUGGUGCUCUUGUAUCAAGUACUGGGGAGAAAGUUACUCACACAGGACAGGUUUAUGAUGAGAAAGACUUAAGACGAGCCAGAUUUGUUGGAAGACAGAAAGAGGUUAAUGAGAACUUUGCCAUAAACCUGGUGGCUGAGGAGCCUGUUAAAGAAGUGGAGAGCAGAGUGGUCUCUUGUGAUGGGGGAGGAGGAGCUCUGGGACACCCCCGAGUCUACAUUAAUCUGGACAAAGAUACUAAAGUCGGGACAUGUGGCUAUUGUGGGCUCCAGUUCAAGCAGACACAUCAUCAUUGAAGCUCCUUUCUCGUUGUCUGUAACUACCUGAACUUUACAUGGAUAAUAAAUUAUUUCCCAAUGAC